GCUGGGAUGUAGCGAACCAGCAGGGGUCGAAGAAACGUGCAGUGCCAGAGCCAGAGCUGGAUCCGGGUCCCACAGCCGGAGCCGAAACCUGAGCCAGAGUCCGCGGCGGGCGAGCCCGGAGCCAACGAGCCGCAGACACAGCGCUGCCCAGGUGGGGUCGCAGCCAGGGCGGCGGGGCGCGCCCAGCCCCGGCCCCUGGAGCGCCCGCCGCGGUCCCCACCUCCAUGGACGCCUUCAAGGGGGGCAUGAGCCUGGAGCGGCUACCGGAGGGGCUCCGGCCGCCGCCGCCGCCACCCCAUGACAUGGGGCCCGCCUUCCACCUGGCCCGGCCCGCCGACCACCGCGAGCAGCUCGAGAACUCCGCCAGCGAGUCGUCUGACACGGAGCUGCCAGAGAAGGAGCGCGGCGGGGAACCCAAGGGGCCUGAGGACAGUGGCACAGGAGGCACGGGCUGCGGCAGCGCAGACGACCCAGCCAAGAAGAAGAAGCAGCGGCGGCAACGUACGCACUUCACAAGCCAGCAGUUGCAAGAGCUAGAGGCCACGUUCCAGAGGAACCGCUACCCCGACAUGAGCAUGAGGGAGGAGAUCGCCGUGUGGACCAACCUCACCGAGCCGCGCGUGCGGGUCUGGUUCAAGAACCGGCGAGCCAAGUGGCGGAAGCGUGAGCGUAACCAGCAGCUGGACCUGUGCAAGGGUGGCUACGUGCCGCAAUUCAGCGGCCUGGUGCAGCCCUACGAGGACGUGUACGCCGCCGGCUACUCCUACAACAACUGGGCCGCCAAGAGUCUGGCGCCAGCGCCGCUCUCCACCAAAAGCUUCACCUUCUUCAACUCCAUGAGCCCGCUGUCGUCGCAGUCCAUGUUCUCGGCACCCAGCUCCAUCUCCUCCAUGACCAUGCCGUCCAGCAUGGGACCAGGCGCCGUGCCUGGCAUGCCCAACUCGGGCCUCAACAACAUCAACAACCUCACCGGCUCCUCGCUCAACUCGGCCAUGUCGCCGGGCGCCUGCCCGUACGGCACUCCCGCCUCGCCCUACACCGUCUACCGGGACACGUGCAACUCGAGCCUAGCCAGCCUGAGGCUCAAGUCCAAACAGCACUCGUCGUUCGGCUACGGCGGCCUGCAGGGCCCGGCCUCGGGCCUCAACGCGUGCCAAUACAACAGCUGACCGCCCCGCCGCACUACGCGGGCCGGCUGCCGGCGCAGGGAAGGGCUCGGGCGCGGAGGACACGCGGGACCCCGGCUCGCAAGCCCUGGCUCACCGCUUUGCGGACCUCGCGCCUGCGCAGCCCCCUCCUCCCACUUCCCACUCCGGGUUGGUUUUGUGUUUGCUUUUCCGGAUCCCACUCUGCCCUCCAAAAAGACAAAAAAAAAAAAAACAAAAACAAAAAACAAAACAAAAAGACGUCGGAGAAAAGUGCCGCGAAAAAAAUGGAUGAGUUGCAAUUUUCCUCGGGAUGGCGCGGGUGGUGUGUGUGUGUUCCCACGGGCCCCGGAGGCCCACUCCGCGGAGGGGAUGCGGCGCGGUAGGCGAGCGGGCCCCCCCGGCGAGAGGCCCAGCGGCCGGGGGAGGACGCCCUCGUAGCCCGCGUCCCCGCCGCGCUGGACCCGGACUGAGCGGCCGGGCCUGCGGACUGGAUGUACGGGACCUGGACUUGCCUGGGAUUUCCCGACCCCGUACAAACCAAGAUGCCCUCUCCAAGCUGAGCCCGGCCGAGAGCGCCUUAGCUCGAGUCGGGAUCCGCGUUGGGGCAGGCGUUGGAUUGGGGGUGACGGUGCCCCAGCCCAGGAUCCGGCACUUGGUGGAGCCGCACUCGGCUCCGGCGCGCCUGGUAGAGCCCCGCUGGCCCUGCGCCCCGGAGCCCUAUAUUGAGGCUACGGAGCUGCAGCGGGCAGUGCGGACCUGGCGGGAGGAGGGGGAGGUCCGUCUCAGAACACCCCAGCCUCGAGCUUAGCCGCAGGCCCAGGCCCUCUGCUCUGCUCCCGGGCUGGGAGGCGGCCCCCUGUCUGGGCGAACAGCCCCCUCCUCACCGCCAGCCGUGCAAGAGUCGAGCCGGUAGAGCAAGGGGCGCGGCCCCAGGGCCCUGCGCCCACUUUGCACACCCGCUCUCCGGCCCGCGCCCCUGUUUACAGCGUCCCUGUGUAUGUUGGACUGACUGUAUAGAAUUAUAAAUCUGUCUAUAUCGACUUGUCCAUGUACGUCUAUUAAAACCAUAGUCCGAGCGUGCUAA